AUGCCCUCCAGCAUAGAGGUCAAAGCCUCAGUUCUACACGGGGCGAAAGAUCUCCGCGUAGAAACCCGGAGUCUCCCGGCCCCAGCAGCCAAUGAAGUCCAAGUUGCCGUGCAGGCCACCGGCCUCUGUGGCUCGGACCUGCACUACUUCAGCCACUACCGUAACGGCGACAUUCUGGUGCGAGAGCCUAUGACUUUGGGCCACGAGUCGGCUGGCGUGGUGAUGGCUACAGGCUCCGAAGUGAGCAGCCUGAGUGUCGGCGACCGGGUUGCCCUCGAGGUUGGCCUGCCGUGCGAGGAGUGCGAGCUCUGCAAACAGGGCAGGUACAACAUCUGCAAGGGAAUGAAUUUCCGCAGCUCGGCUAAAGCGUUCCCGCAUUCUCAGGGCACGUUGCAGGAGAUGGUUAAUCAUCCGGCUAAAUGGUGUCAUAAGUUACCGGCGAGUGUCUCGUUGGAAUACGGAGCUCUAGUCGAGCCAUUGUCGGUGGCGAUGCAUGCAAGAGACCGCGCAAACUUGAAGCCCGGGUCUACAGUCCUUGUCCUCGGUGCGGGCGCGGUUGGCCUCCUGUGUGCGGCUGCGAGCAAAGUCUCAGGGGCGAAAUCAGUCAUCAUCGCAGAUAUCCAAGCAGACCGUGUCAACUUCGCCGUGGAGAAUGGCUUUGCUGAUGCGGCAUUGGUAGUGCCCAUGGCGAGACCUCAGACUAUUGAGGAUAAAUUGGCAUUUGCCAAGGAUCUCGCAGAAAAGGUCUUGGCAUCCACCGUGAAAGGCGAGGCAGUUGGUGAGGUUACUGUCACUUUCGAGUGUACUGGUGUGGAAUCUUGCAUGCAUACCGCAAUUUAUUCGACGAAACCGGGUGGUAGAAUCAUGAUCAUCGGCAUGGGAACCCCAAUCCAGACGCUGCCGAUUUCGGCAGCAUCACUUAAGGAAGUUGAUCUUGUCGGUGUAUUCAGAUACGCAAAUACGUAUCCGCAGGUUAUUAACAUGCUUGCAAGCAAAAAUGAGGCGUUGCCUGAUGUAGGUAAAAUCAUCACUCAACGGUAUAAGGGCCUUGACAAGAUCCCCGAGGCUUUCAAUAUGGCUGCGAAGGUGAAAGAUGAGAAGGGAAAUCUAGUAUUGAAGGUCUUGGUUGAUAUGUCCUGA